UGCGGCUGUGGCUGUGCUGCUGCACGGAGCCCUCAGUGCUUGCUACUCACACGAGCCUCUGGCAGCCAUGAACUGGCUCAGUCUCCUCGUCCUGCUGACCGUGGCCGGGCUGGUGCACGGGACAUGGGACAACUGCGGAGGAACCUGCGGACUCCGAGCUGUGGUGUCUGACUAUGGCCUCAUGAGUUACUACUAUGGCAACCUGGCUUAUGACAACAGCAUGACACGCAUUGUGGGUGGCACAGGUGCCCUGCCAGGGGCCUGGCCAUGGAUUGUCAGCAUCCAGCAUCCCUGGGCACCAGACCGGGGGCAUUGGUGUGGAGGGUCUCUCAUCGGCACUCAGUGGGUCCUCACAGCAGCCCACUGCUUCGACAAGUUUGAUAACAUCAGCAUGGUGUAUCUGGUGAUUGGAGCCACCCAAUUGACUCAGCCAGGCCCUGGGGCACAAAUACGCAGUGUCAAGCAGUUGGUGAUACACCAGUACUACAAUCCUGCUGACAUGAGCUACGACAUUGCCUUGCUGGAAUUGGACCAUCCUGUCCAGUGCAGCCCCUACAUCCAGCUGGCCUGUGUGCCUGAUGCCACACUGAGAGUGUCAGAGCUGCAGAACUGCUGGGUUGCUGGCUGGGGUUCCACUGCUGCAAGAGCUCAAGAAUCAAGUGAUCACCUGCAGGAGGCCAAGGUCCAGCUCAUCGAUGUCCAGCUCUGCAACAGCAGUGGCUGGUAUGCUGGGGAAAUCCAUACCCACAACUUGUGUGCGGGUUACCCACAGGGCCUCAUUGACACCUGCCAGGGUGACAGUGGUGGUCCUCUCAUGUGCCAGGACAACCACGCUGACUCCUGGUGGGUUGUUGGAGUGACCAGCUGGGGAAAAGGCUGUGCCAGAGCAAAGCAGCCUGGAGUCUACAUCUCCACUCAGGACUUCAACAACUGGAUUCAGGUCCAUACCGGCUCAAACACAGUUAGAAGUGAUUCUCCAACAUCACAAGCCUGGAGUCAUUUUCUGACUGCCCACCAAACAACCCAGAAGCCAUCUCAAAAGCCAACACCAUCGAAUGAGGCUAGCUCCUGCCCAUUUCCACUCAACAAGCUGGUAGACUUCUUUACUAAAGUGAAGCAGCUCCUUCAUGAGGUCCUUGGACAAAACACAGCUUGA